UAGCGAGGGUCGAGCGGCUGGGGAAGGAAGCGAGCCUCUGAGGCGUACGGGCCGAGCGGACAGCGGGUUGGUGGUCAGGCCCCUGCUGCGGCGGCAGGUCUCUCCACGUGUUUUCGGCAGCGACAUGGAGCUGGAGGAGUUGGGAAUCCGAGAGGAAUGUGGCGUAUUCGGGUGCAUCGCCUCAGGAGAGUGGCCCACGCAGCUAGAUGUGCCGCAUGUGAUCACUCUGGGACUCGUGGGGCUGCAGCACCGGGGUCAGGAGAGUGCUGGUAUUGUGACCAGCGAUGGGAAUUCAGUACCAACAUUCAAAACACACAAGGGAAUGGGUCUUGUAAAUCAUGUCUUUACUCAAGACAAUUUGAAGAAAUUAUAUAUUUCAAACCUUGGAAUUGGACACACAAGAUACGCCACUACAGGAAACUGUGAAUUAGAAAAUUGUCAGCCCUUUGUUGUUGAAACACUUCAUGGGAAAAUAGCUGUGGCACAUAAUGGCGAAUUGGUAAAUGCUGCUCAAUUAAGGAAAAAGCUUCUGAGGCACGGUAUUGGUUUGUCAACAAGUUCUGAUAGCGAAAUGAUAACCCAGUUACUGGCGUAUACCCCUCCUCAGGAACAAGAUGGCACUCCAGAUUGGGUAGCAAGGAUUAAAAACUUAAUGAAGGAAGCACCCACAGCAUACUCCCUGCUUAUAAUGCACAGAGAUGUUAUUUAUGCAGUUCGAGAUCCUUAUGGAAAUCGUCCUUUAUGCAUUGGACGUCUUAUGCCUGUAUCUGAUAUAAAUGAUAAAGAGAAAAAAUCUUCAGAAAUAGAAGGAUGGGUGGUAUCUUCAGAAUCUUGUAGCUUUUUAUCAAUUGGUGCAAGAUAUUACCGUGAAGUCUUGCCUGGAGAAAUCGUGGAAAUAACCAAACGUAGUGUCCAAACUCUUGACAUUAUACCAAGGUCUGAAGGAAACCCGAUGGCUUUUUGUAUCUUUGAAUAUGUUUAUUUUGCAAGACCAGAUAGUAUAUUUGAAGACCAAAUGGUUUACACAGUAAGAUAUCGCUGUGGUCAGCAGCUCGCAAUUGAAGCCCCUGUGGAUGCAGAUUUGGUUAGCACUGUUCCGGAAUCUGCUACACCUGCUGCUCUCGGUUAUGCAGGAAAGUGUGGGCUUCCAUAUGUGGAAGUGCUAUGUAAAAACCGGUAUGUAGGAAGAACCUUCAUUCAGCCAAACAUGAGGUUAAGACAGCUUGGUGUUGCAAAAAAAUUUGGAGUAUUGUCGGACAACUUUAAAGGCAAAAGAAUUGUUCUUGUAGAUGAUUCAAUUGUAAGAGGCAAUACCAUUUCACCCAUAAUCAAAUUGCUCAAAGAAUCUGGUGCAAAAGAGGUACACAUUAGAGUGGCUUCACCACCAAUUAGAUAUCCAUGCUUUAUGGGAAUAAACAUACCAACAAAAGAAGAGCUUAUUGCCAAUAAACCUGAAUUUGAACAUCUUGCAAAAUAUCUGGGAGCAAACAGUGUUGUAUAUCUGUCAGUGGGAGGACUGGUUUCAUCUGUACAAGAAGGGAUAAAGUUUAAAAAACAGAAAGUGGAAAAGCAGGAUAUUAUGAUUCAAGAGAAUGGGAAUGGUCUGGAAUGCUUUGAAAAGAAUGGUCAUUGUACAGCUUGUCUCACUGGAAAAUACCCUGUGGAAUUGGAAUGGUAGCUGGUAGGGACAGAUAAGAUUUUUCAAGAUAUAAAGUUGGUCAAGAAGUUUUAGUGGUGGUUAAUAUCCUAUCCAUUUACUGUUACUCCCUUGAAACGAUGUAAAAUGCCACACGCUUAUGUUUACCUUUAUAAGUUUUGAGAGUCUGAAAAGAGUACCAAAGUGCUAUGCUUUCCUUAACAAUCCUAGAUAAAUAUUUUGGUGUUAUCUAGGAAUUUGGAUGAUCCUUUCAGUUUUAUUUAGUAGUUUAGUACUUUGAGGCUACCACUUCUGAGAUCAUAUACAUAUAAUUUCGCAUCAGCAACAAUAAUGCAAAGAAUAGGUAAAUUUCUGUUUUAGUGAGGAUUGUCAGGCACUAUACCUUCCCACAGAUUCUUAGAGAAUUUUGUGGAAUGUUUCUUGAAAGUUAUUGAAAUUCAGUUGUGGAAUAUUUUCAUGAUUGAAACCUUGCUAAUCGUAAAUAAUACUGCAACAUUGGUGUUUCUUUUGUUUUUUGUUCUUUUUUUUUUAAUGCACAAACAUCAGCUAGCCUUUUUUUACCUGGUCAGAGAAGGUGGGGUACGUGGCAUUUGCCAGGUCCAUGCUUUAAAGAGUUUGCAAGAGGUUAGACUAAGGUGGUGUGAUGUAAACAGGACAUGAGUUAAAUAUAACAUUUCAUGCAAACCUUGAAUCCAUUAUAUCCCAAAAGUGUCAGGCUCUUGGAGUUCUCAGUGUGGUUUUGACCUUGGCUUCCCUGUCUAACAAAACUUAAAACAAGAACAACAAAUACAUACCUUUUUGUGCCUCACUUUUCCCGCCUGUGCAAUGGGGUACUUAUAUUACAAGAUUAAAUAAUUAAUAGGAAUGUGAAAAAGUGUCAUACUUUUGGUGGUUAGAGCCAUCAUUUCACCCCUCAAUUUUAAGAUAGUGCAUGAUUAUUAGUUUUUGAAAUGUUGGCUGUUAUUCUGAAAUUGAGAUUUCAUUAUGGUGAAGGGAGACGGUUUAGCAGUGCUUUGCCACCUGUCUUUGAGAUGUCUUAAAAAUGAUUCUAAAAACAUGUCUGUGGAAGGUGCUUUCCUACAUUUGAUUAUAAAGUACAUUUGAUUCAUACUACUUAGUGCCCUUAUAGUAUAAACCCAGCAAGUAACCUAGUACAUUUGAAGUAAAAAAUUUUUAGAUUCUAACAACCCUUUUAUCCUUAUUAAUUAUAUUUUCUUUUAAUGAACUGCUUGAUCAUUUGCAAACAUAUACACAUAUGUAUGUAUAAAUAUAUAUACAUAGUUGCAAUUAAGUGAUCAAGUAGAAACAUUGUAGGGGCCGAUUUUGCUUAAGAAUCAAGGUGACAACUAUUUCGGAAUUAGCAUGCCCAUCUAAUUCUAAGCAUCACCUUAUCACUUUUUUCUACUUUAUUUUAUUGGGAUUGAACAAUUUUUAAAAGUGUUUUCUUGUAACAUCUGAGAUUUAAAAUAUUAAGUUGACCUGCCCCCAACCCCUGUUUAUGUAAGAUUUUUUAAAACAUAAAAGUGUUUGUUUCUGUGUUAAGUUACCUUAAUUUGAUGUAUAUAGUGUCCAAAUCCAUUUAGAAAUUUAAUAUUUAUUAAUAACUGAAAUCUUCUGUCUUCAUUUGGUAUAUAGUCUCAUAUGUUAUAUUAUGGCAGGCCAAGAUAAAAUCUUGACAGCUCUUUAAGCCCAUGCACAGCAGGCAGCAGCAGGUCACAUAACCUUGUGGCAGUGACAUAAGCAAAUUGGCAUUUGAAUAAAGCCCUGGGACCAUUUGAGUAUAUAGCCUCUUGUCUUAAAUGUAUUCCUCAUGUCAGCAUGGAGGAGGCAAGACCUAUGGGUCAAUUUUGAAUUGGCCUCAGUUACAUUUGAUUUUUAAAAACAAGAGACUCAGGGAAAGUACUAAACCAAAAUCUCUGAUUUGACUUUUGUGUUUUCCAUAGUUUUUGUCUCCCAUUGUUUUUAUUUUGUUUUACUGAGAUGCUUUUAUAAAGGAUUAAGGUACUGUGAGAGUUUGGUAAUUCUACAAAUUUCUUAAUGUUUCUCCAUCAUGACCUUUUAUUUCCCAAGUUUCUGAAGUCUGAAUUAAAUUACAGUUUUAUACAUAUACUCUCAAAUUUGUUUAACUGCUUUAAAUUAAAAUAAGCAGAGUAUUGAAAAUCACAAAGAUGAAAAAUGUGUUUUCACAGGAUCUAUCUUGUUGUGAAUUAAACUAAGCCCACUUUUUUGUGACUUCAUUGUGAUGCGUUGGUGACAAAUACAUGUAAUAAGUAUGUUUAAA